UGGCAUCGCACCGGCGCUCGGCACGAUCGACAACGUUUUGGCGUCAGCUAUGCCUAUGGUGUGUGUGCUACAAUUUGUGGUUGAUCUGCUAUUCAUUUGUUUUACGUUCGUUUCACCUGCGCUGUCACUUACUGAAAUGAUGCCUUGACGUAGCGCAUGGCCUACUAAAGGCAUAUGAGUGUCACCUCCAAGUGUUCUAAGCAGCCAGCACGCACCGCGAUCACUUUGUUUUCCGUGCCACUCGGUCCCAUGCGUUCCAUGCUCGUGCGGACUGUUUUUUUCUCGAUCCGUCCCGUGCAGUCGCACUCGUCGUAGCUGAGAGUGUCAUUGUUAUUUAACUAUUUUAUUUCAUGAGAGAGACACUAUCGGUUUGGGGCGACGCCGAUGAAGCGACCGAGGAGUCCAUGUUUUGCCGCCGAGCGAAGGUUCAAAGUACUGCGUCGUCUGCACGAGUCGGCGACGACAGCGCCGCUUUUCCGGCGCAAGCGCACGCUCGACUGCGGGCUCGAUCGAACGCCGGGUUCGCCGCCAGUAAAGAGACCGCGGCUCGAGGGCGGCGUCGACGACAGCCAUGCCUUCCUCUGGGAAAUCCAGGAGACACCGAAAGAACCGACCUUCGGUAAGGAUUCCAAGCACAACAAGCAGCACAAGAAUGGCGGUGGCGCCGGCGGCGGACCCGCCGUGAGCGCCGCGCUGGCCCAAUCGCCGCCGGCCAGCUCGCCGAUGGACGCGCAGGCCCCGCCCCUGGUCGCACCGGGCGGCUGCGACAAGCUGGACCUCUCCGCGGUGCUGUGCGGUCCCCCGCUGCCCGCCGACGCCGCCAUGGAGCUGGGCAGCCCGCCCACCUCGGACGAGGACGACCCGGCGUUCAACGCCUUCAACUACUGGAAGACCCCUUUCCCCGACGUCAGCGUCGACGUCGUCAUGGAGUAACAGCGGGAGGAGACCACCCGCCAUCUUUAGAGCCGCUCCACUUCGCUUCGCCGUUGGCUGCAUACGUCAUCCCUCUCCUUCGGUCAUCUUUUUUUUAAUUUCUCGCCCUCUGUUUACUUUUCGUUCGCCACAUUGUUGUUCCGUUCCUCAUUGUUCCAUUGUUCCCUACGUACCCUUUCUGCAGUGCUCCGACAGACCACACUUGCCCAGCGUUUAAGCUUACCCGUGUAGCAAAACACGCGCAAAAUAGCAGCGUUUCUCCUGUGCGUUUGCUGUCGUAGUUGAUGCAAUCAGUUUCUUUCGCCGCGACCGCGUUUUGUCUGUGCGAGGAAAGGAGAACGCUAGGGCCAUGCAGGUUGUGCGAAGCUCGCGGAUAUCAUCCAGGAAAAGUGUGCACCGAACAAACGUACACGGCAGUUUCAGUAAACGACCUUCCUUCCCUCCUCUGUUUUUUUUUCCCCCUUCUUAUUCUAUCGUCACGGAGGUCAUUGUAAAGGUGUUGCAUAGCGUAAGCGUGGUAGCGUAGACGCAUACGGGAAGUCGUUUCUGGCAGCAGGAGUCGAAUCUGUUUGGCGACUUCGUGUGACGCUGUGAUCGACCAUAACGCUUUAAAUACGUACCUCUGUACGAGUACAUCUCGUCCAGAAAAAAAAAAAUAAAGUUGUGCAAAUAUGUACCGUACCAAUGGCAACGUUUGUGCGACGAUUAAGCGGGGACGAGACGGCCGGAAUACAGUUGGAGGGGUGGGGGGGGGGGCGAUCUGAAUGAAAUAUUUGUGUGCUUUGAUUGAACACAUUGUCUCAAAAGGUCGCCACCAGCGCUCGCCCUUGAGUAUGCGUCUUCCGGUGCACGUCCAUGUCAGUACGUCUGCUCAGAUCGGACGACGAAGUAUUCAUUUUUUCCUAAAAUCUGGAAUGGGGCUUCCUUCAUAUGCUCUCUCUCUGUCUUUUCGUUUUUUUUUUUUUUCAAGACAUUGGCAUUGUGUGGCGGGAGCGGAAAGAAUCUCCUGCUAUUAGGGAAGUGUCUCGCUCAUAAUGCGAUGGUGUUAGUGCUAGAGCCGUUCACUCGAAAAAUACGACGCCACACACGAAAACAAUGGUACGAUUUUAUACACAGCAAAUAAUGCUGUAGAGAUUCUCGUUUAUCGGCAAAUAUUUGCCUCAAAAUUUCGCGGAAAUACGUCAACAUCGAGAAAUACAACACCAUAGUGCACCAGAAGGUAGCGGAAGGCUUUCAUAAAAUGAAGCUACAAACAGAAAGCUAAAAAUGAAAACGACUGAAUGCAUUUCGUGCACUGGAUGUCCAGGGUAACUUUUACGUAGAUGCUUGUUUUCGCGUUCAAACGUAACAGCCGAGCUGGACUUUAUGUUUUGUCCAACUUUCGUCAGGUCUGAAGGCAACAUCUGUCGAAGUAAUAUAUAGGGUAAUUGUGUGUAAAUACGACUGCUAUACCGCCGCACUCAUCCAUAAAAAUGUUGCUCUUGUGAAGCUUUCUCCGGCAGAUGUUACCUUUAAACGUUAUGAAAUAUCGGAACUAGCACGGCAGUUACCAUUGUUAGCGUGACAGCACGAAUGUUUGCCGUUGCGAGGAUACGAGAUCUUUUAUAAAGGUUACCGUGAUGAAGAAUAAGAUGGCUCGUAUUUUUUUUCGUAUAUUUUGUUGGGGGGGGGCGAGGGGGGGGGACAAAGACGUUACUGUACAGCCGUGAAGGACGCGAACAAACGUCUUGAGAAUGUAGUACGUCAACCAUGCCGUCGUGUGAGUGCGUUGCCGUCGCUUUGUUCUGGUGGCAGUGCGGUGCUUGUUUCGGAGUUUACUUCCUGCUGGCUUCUGGGAAGCAAUUGGCCGGCCGCAAGCUAGUUCUCGAAGCACACGUUUUUUUCGCCUCCUGUUCGUUUGGCGCCUCUGCGUGCGUAGAGUGCCUCGGUAGAAGCACCCAAAGCAAGGCUUUGUCGAGGCUUCCCGAUGUGUUUGUCGCGCCGUGUCAAUCCGCGAACACCUGGACAGACGCCCGCCUGUUUCUGACCCUCUGUUUCUUUGAAAAAUGGAAUAAAUGUAUUCUUUUGUGGUGUUGA